AUGAGUGGGUGCCCCUUCUUAGGAAACAACUUUGGAUAUACUUUUAAACCCCUCUCUGCACAAGGCAGUGAAGAAGACAAAUCACAGGCCGGUGUGAAUAGAGCCAGUAAAGGAGGACUUAUCUAUGGGAACUACCUGCAAUUGGAAAAAGUUUUGAAUGCACAGGAGCUUCAAAGUGAAAUAAAAGGAAAUAAAAUCCAUGAUGAACAUCUUUUUAUCAUAACUCAUCAAGCUUAUGAACUCUGGUUUAAGCAGAUCUUGUGGGAAUUAGAUUCUGUUCGUGAGAUCUUUCAGAAUGGCCAUGUCAGGGAUGAGAGGAACAUGCUGAAGGUGGUCACCCGAAUGCACCGGGUGGUGGUGAUCCUCAAACUCUUGGUCCAGCAGUUUUCCGUCCUGGAGACCAUGACAGCCUUGGACUUCAAUGACUUCAGAGAGUACUUAUCCCCGGCGUCCGGCUUCCAGAGUCUGCAGUUCCGCCUGUUAGAAAACAAGAUAGGGGUUCUGCAGAGCUUGAGAGUCCCUUACAACAGAAGACACUACCGCGACAACUUCAGAGGGAAAGACAACGAACUUCUGCUGAAGUCCGAGCAAGAAAGAACGCUUCUGCAGCUGGUGGAGGCAUGGCUGGAAAGAACCCCAGGUUUAGAGCCGCAUGGAUUUAACUUCUGGGGAGAGCUUGAAAAGAACAUUGUCAAAGGUUUGGAAGAAGAAUUCACGAAGAUUCAGGCUAAGGAAGAGUCAGAGGAAAAGGAGGAACAAAUGGCUGAAUUUCAGAAGCAGAAAGAGGUAUUACUGUCCUUAUUUGAUGAGAAACGUCAUGAGCAUCUCCUUAGUAAAGGAGAAAGACGGCUAUCAUACAAAGCACUUCAGGGGGCCUUGAUGAUAUAUUUUUACAGGGAAGAGCCCAGGUUCCAGGUCCCUUUCCAGCUGCUGACUUUCCUCAUGGACGUGGACUCACUCAUGACCAAGUGGAGAUAUAACCACGUGUGCAUGGUGCACAGGAUGCUCGGCAGCAAGGCGGGCACCGGCGGGUCCUCGGGGUACCAGUACCUGCGCUCCACCGUGAGUGACAGGUACAAGGUAUUUGUAGAUUUAUUUAAUCUCUCAACAUAUCUGGUUCCCCGACACUGGAUUCCGAAGAUGAACCCAGUCAUUCAUAAGUUCCUUUACACAGCUGAAUACUGUGACAGCUCUUACUUCAGCAGUGAUGAAUCAGAUUAA